GCUGCCAGUACCGGAAGUUCCGUUCCCGUCGUGAACUGGGACAGCAAGCGCACCUCUUACAGUGUAUGUGUGGCAACAACAUGUCUGUGCCGCUGCUCGCCGAGGCUGUGACGGUGUCCGGGAAGGAGAGGGAGACCGCGGCGGUUAUCUUCCUUCAUGGGCUGGGGGACUCAGGGCAUGGGUGGGCAGAGUCUUUGACAGGGAUCCAGCUGCCUCACGUCAAGUUCAUCUGCCCCCACGCACCCCCGAUCCCCGUCACUCUCAACAUGAAGGCGAUGAUGCCCGCGUGGUUUGACCUCAUGGGUCUCAGCCCCGACUGCCAGGAGGAUGAAGGUGGAAUCAAGAAGGCAGCAGAAAACAUCAAGGCCAUAAUCGAGCAUGAGGUCAAAAAUGGGAUCCCCCCACAUCGCAUAAUGCUCGGUGGCUUCUCUCAGGGUGGGGCCUUGUCCUUGUAUACCGCCUUGACCUGCCAGCACCAGUUGGCUGGCGUCAUGGCCCUCAGUUGCUGGCUACCACUUCACAAGAGUUUCCCAACGGCGUCAAGUGGCAACAAGUACAUCCCAAUCCUGCAGUGCCACGGUGAGGUGGAUGGCAUGAUCCCGAUACAAUAUGGUUGUCUGACGGCAGAUAAACUCAGAACCAUAGUCGACCCUCAGAUGGUCACCUUCAAAACCUUCCCAGGGCUCCACCACAGCUCCUGUCCUCAGGAGAUGGCAGCUGUAAAGGAAUUUAUCGAGAAGUAUUUGCCCCGAAUCUGACCUCAUCUCAUCCCCACUGUGACCCCCUGAGACACUGACCUCUCACCCCCGAUCUGCCAUUCUCCCACAGGAAACAGCCAUGAGCACCCCUCUUCCACACACAUCGGCAACAUGACAAACACACGCAUGCAAACACACACAGACAGACAUAACAAUCAUGAUUUGAUCCACACUGCUAAACAAAACACAUGCUUCUCCAUGCAAUUAAAUCCAACAACACUCGUACUGAAAACAGAUCUGUCAAACACUGAUUUGAUUAUAACAUCAUUAAGUGCUCACACUCACAAGUCUUAGCCUUUCGGAGGGAGAAACACUGACUCACACAAUACAUUCCCUUUGGUUUUAUUUUAACAGCUUCUUUCUGUCACCUCCUCCCCACUUUAGUUUUUCUCCUCUUUUACCUUGUUUUGCCUCAUCCUAUCCUCCAGCUGUCACAUCCUCCAUUGCUUCCACUGCCACACCUUUCCCUCUUUCAUCGCUGUGCCAGUUUGUAAGGCGUUUAGUGGAAAACCGACCAUAAGAUUUCGUUGGAUAAGCAGGUUAACACCUGCCUAAUACUGUCAGUGACCAAACCCAAGCGCUAUCAGACUGGACAUCACUUUCCAGUCUUUUCUGCGUGGCGAGACAUGUUUGCUGCUUGUUGCAAAUUGACCUCUUUUGGUUUAAUCUGAUUGAACUUUUACACUUGAACUCUUGGGGCUCUCUGAUGCCAAGCCAAUUUGACAGAAAAUAUUGGUUGUUUGUAGUCUCCCAUUAAUAAAUACUUGCAGCAGAGAAGAGGGGACACUUUAGUGUGUGCUAAGACACUAACAAAGUCUGAUAAAACCAUAGACUGUAUAAAAGAAGUGGACGUAGCCACGGUGACGUCACCCAUUGGUUUGUAGGCUACCGUUUUGGCCCCCAGAAGUGCACCAGGCUGUGAGCCAAUUUCCAUAGUGGCCAAACAAUGUAAGUACAUUCGUCACGUGAUGCUGUUGGGCCCAAAAAGACGUUUUCUCAUAGACUUACAUGGCAAAGGAGAAGUCUGUAAAUCAGUGAAUAUUGAGCUUAAAAAAAAACAACCUGAAAUGACUCGUUUCACUAUCAGAAUUUGAUCCGUUCGGUCUGACAACAUUUGGAAAGUCGAUAAGAGCUGCGUAAUUGAAUCAUUUUGUCCCAAUUCAAGUUACCAGAGGGCUAAACUGGAAGUAGCUGGAAGUACUACGGAAGCAGUGCCGAUCGUCCAGGUAGUUUUAUAUGUGGCAGUUGAACUUUUUUGACUCCAUGCGCUACUGAGCAACUUUCAGAGGAAUGAACGGGACCCCGCCUCCAGUUCUCUUUAUACAUCCAUACUCGAAUUAGGCAUUUUGGCUGUCACAAUCUUGGUUUUUUUGGAGCCAGAAGUGACCAUAUUUGGACGAGAGGCUGGAGCUGUUGAGGAGUGAGGGGUCGAUCUGACCAGAGCCAGAGGGCAAUCACAAGUUGGCUACUCUAAAUGGGACUAUAAUUAAACAAACAAACAAACAAAAAAAAAAAAACAUAAUAGGUGUUUUCAGACCAUGGGAAUUUUUCCAGAAUUUUAAGAACCCCCUUUUUUACUGUGUUCAACUGCAAGAUCUAGGAAUGAUGUAGUUCUUGGAACACUGUUUUUGAGGGACUCAGGUAAGCAGGAUCAUUUUCAAGUUGCCCCUUGCUAACCAUUAGAAAGAAUGCACGUCCAUUAUUUUAUACAGUAUAUGGGUAAAGCCCUUACCAUGCUAUUUCCUGACCCCCCCUGAUUUUUUGCUACACCACACAAGCAAAUUUUGCCAAUUCAGUCUGACAGCAGCUUCAGUUCAGUGUCGGAGCCCAACAGAGUCUGACUCAUGUUCUGGUUUUAGAGCUGGUGCAGCUGGUUUCCUACCAACCCACUCAUCCCACUGCCUGCCACCCCAUGACUUGUACACUGCAGCCUGUCCAGGUCUUGUAUAGCUAAUCUGUCUUUUCAUUAAAGCACCAACAUCCACGAGGGCCUCACAUAUAUUUCUUAAUUUCUUUUUUUUUUUUUUUUAAAUUAAUGUGAUAAAAUAUCAUGAAUUAUUUGAAGAAAAUUAAAUUGAAAUAAAAUAAAACUAAUCAAUCGAUGCUUUUGCCAUCCUGUGCUGUUUAUUUCAAAACUUCCACACCUGCAUGUUUUUUUCUGCCUUGUGAUUCUUUGUUAAAUUAAUUUUUUUUUUUUUUUUAAAUAAGACUGUAUACCUAAUGGUGAAUGACUGAGAGAUAUGAGUUGCAUGAAAUAAUGGUUGCAGGCCCGCACAGACUGCACACCAUGAGUCGCUUCACUGUUCCUUCCACCGACUUUUCCUCUUCAAACAUUUUCCCUAUUCAAGUGUUGCUGUUCCAGCAUCCACCUCCCCAUUAACAGCCUCCUCUCCAUGACUCCCAGUCGAUUUUUCAAUCAUGUUUGUUUUGAACUCUGGGAAAAUUUGCUUUCUCCACAUCUUCUUCCAAGACACCAAAGCAGUUUUAAACUGUCAACCAUUUACUCCCAAGAAAAUGUAAGAAAAUAUUCACUUCAUUACUCCCUCCUUUGGCAACUUACUGUAACCCACUAAUAGAACAUAAAAGGUCAGAUUUAAAGUUAAACCCAAUGCUAUUAUGGUUCACUUCUUAAAAAAUAUGGCUAUACACUGGGAGGGCUUUGGCAAGAAGCUGUUCCAACGUAACUGAAGGGUGAUUUUACAAACUAAAAAAAACAUUAAUCUUGAACAACGUGUGAUAAUUGAACAUAGGAGUGUAACUCUGAGGAGUCGUGUGUGCUUAAAAAUAUAUAUCAGGUGUUCUGCAUUUUCCUUUGUGAAUGUUAAUUUUGCUCUCCUCGUGAUUACUUGUUCUAUAUUGUUGUUUUCAAUCUUGCUUUAGAAGGAGGAAAGACAUCUGUUUUGAUUGUUGUUGACAAAUCAAUGAAUGUCUCUCUAACCUCCUCCAGUCUUCUUGUUUUCCUAUCCCUCUGAAUCACUGAUGCAGCCCUGCAUUCUGUUCGUUUUUCUUUAUUUAGUUUGGUUUUUAUUUUCCAUCCACCAUUUUUUAAAAAUUAUUCCAACAUUUCUCCUUGUCAUGACAUCGCUCCAUCUCCUGUGUUUUCCUGUUUUAAGCUUUUUACAUAUGUUUUUUUGGUUAUCAUUUAUGUUUCCUUGUGCUUUGUCACUGUUGUCAUCUCAUCCUUUUUUGUGUCUGUUUAUAAUGAUGAGCAUUAAGAAAACAUGUUCAGGCGAGACUUGGUGGUCUCCCCACUUAUUUUUUUUUUCCAAAACACCUGUAUGCGGAAUAAAUGACAAAAAAAAGUC